UAUCGUGAUCAGUCCGUGGCAAGUGGACGACGGAAGAGGAGCACGAUUUAACGACACAAUAAAAACAAUAUGGAACACGGCAGAGGUGACAAGAAAGGGAAAACGCGGAUAAUUCCUCUUGCUUUGGCAUUCGUGUUUUUCACGAAUAAUUUAGUCAACGGUUUCGUUCCACUGUCAUCAACUGCUCGAGAGAACAAGACCAACGUGGAUCCCAAAUUAAUGGUAGAAUGGACACCCUACAACUUGCAUGGGCGUAUAGUUAACGGAACAAAGGCGGCACUGAGACAAUUUCCUUAUCAGGUAUCUUUGAGAGAAACUCACAACUUGGAACAUUUUUGCGGAGGAUCCUUGAUAGCUGAACACACGGUGCUCACGGCGGCGCAUUGCAUGUUCGAAGAAACUGGCGACCAGGUGCAACCGUGGAGAAUCACGGUAGUUGCUGGAAACCUCAAACUCAGUCAGUUGAGCGAGACCGGUCAGAAAAGGGGUGUGGACGAGAUUCACGUUCAUGCCGAAUUCAAUCCCAAAACACUGGAGAACGACAUAGCUCUUCUUGCUCUCAAGGUGCCGUUUAAAUUAACGCCGGAAGUUAACGUUGCUCCCCUCGCGGAUAACAGCCCUAUUCCAGACACCAUUUGCCAAGUAGCAGGAUGGGGUUACCCAGCGGAAGAUUAUCCAGUGACGAGCGAGAACCUUAUGUACGUGGACCUGCCAUUGUUGAGUCGCGGCACGUGCAAAAAACUUCUGGAAGACAUAACUGAUUUCCCACCAGGGAUGCUCUGCGCUGGGUAUAUAGAGGGCCAGAAGGAUGCUUGCCAAGGUGAUUCCGGAGGUGGUAUGAUCUGCAAGGGAAUUCUAACCGGCGUGGUUUCCGGCGGGAAUGGUUGCGCCCGGCCACGUUCACCCGGUGUGUACACCGACGUCAACUACUACAAAAAAUGGAUCGCAACACGUUCCAGUGUAAGAACACAGGCGACGAAAAUCCCAUUUGAGAAACAAGGCUCUGGCUCGGAACAGAUUCACUAAUUUCAUUAUCCGAAUUAUCAAAUCUCGAAUGGAAUUCAUUCGAAGUGUCACGUUCGCCACCCUUGAAAUCCCACGGUUCGAUCAUUUCGACGGUCAGACGAUCACUUCGGUGGAUGACUUUCAUGGCGGUUGGUUGAUUGGUUGGUUGGCUCGCGUUCACGGGCUGGAUGUUAGCUCUGGUGAAACGAAACCGGAGGGAUCACGGGGAAAAAUACACAUCUAGCCGGUCGCUUUGAUGUUGAAUCAAGAGCUUCGUGCAGACGCGCAGAAAGCUCGCAGCUACUUAAUACGAUGCUCCAGAGAGAACGAUAACGAAAACGUAUCAGCGGUAUCGCCGAUGGCGAUGGUGUCGAACGAUAUCUCUCCGCCGCGUCUGACGAUUCCCGCUUGUUUCUACUGAAUUUCACACUCCUCAAAGGAGGAACGCUCGUCCUCCAGAUAUU